GGGCCGUCGGCGUCGCUGGGACGGGCCCGGGCUCGGGGCAUGGCUUCGGCGCCCUGAGCGGAGCAGCGGGCGAGAAGAGCACGGAGGACACGGAGAAGGGCAAGGACAGCAAGGGCAAGGACAGCAAGGACAAGGACAGCAAGGACAAGUGACCCUGUAGACACUGUAUAGCACCCGGUGUACACGCUAACGCGAAGGCUCAUCGUGUACGCACGCCCGCAGCAGCGAAACAGCUGCCCUGGCCCUUUUCGCGGACCGCACAGCAGCACGAGGUUGACGGUCCUGAAGACACAGGCAAUGGAGGUCUGCAGCAGCAGGCAGGAGGGCGAAAGGCAGAAGGACCUCUGCGGCAGCUGCCACCCACAAGCCCGUCUGCCGCCCGCCAUGAGACUCAACAAACGGCUCCUGCGCACAGCGCUCUACGCCCUGCUGACCCUGCUGCUGGCAGCAGCCACGCUGUCGGUGCUCAGCAGACCCGGCACGUCCAGCUCUCCCGCACACACCUCCGGCAGGGCCGGGAAGACCAGCAAGGGCCUCUUCUCCGACAUACUGAACCUGCCCGGCACAGACUCCGUCCAGGAGAUAGAGGACCCGCUCGUGCUUGUCGCCGUCGGCUUCGUAACGUGCACCGCGUUCGCCUUCUUUGAGAGCUGCAGCGACGACAUCGGCAAGGUCUACAAGCGUCUCUCGUCCGUGACAGACGACUACUCGGUCAUCCAGACCACCCAUGUCCACAAGUUCCGAAAGGACCUCCGCUCGGGCCGCUCCACUUUCACCACCAUCCACCCGUACGAGGUCAGGGUCCCCUACGACCUCGUCUCCAAAUACAGCAUCCCAGCCAUCGACAGCUUCUUCGUCCACAAUGCCCUCGACGACACCCUCUUGAAAAACACCCGCAUCCCCACCCCCAUCCUCGAGGCCACAAAGAACACAACAAACAUCAAGCUGUUGAACUCUAUGGGCUACUACGACGCCGGUUACGGCCUCUGGUACAGAACUUCCCCCUCCCACAGCACCCUCUACCAUCAGGUGAACUUCUUGUUCAACGCACACCUCGGCGACACCCUGCCAGGCUGGUCCGCCGUCUCUAAAAGACCCCUCACCAUCUCCAAAAACGACGCAUACUCUCUUGGAGCAGACAGAAACAUCUCCGACUUCCGCACGUUCAACUACCAUAAGUUCGACAACGAAGUGUAUGUUUAUGUGAAGGAGAAGAAACCUGUCUACAUUCCGCAGGUAAGCUUAAAGACCCACAAAGAUGGCAAGUUCAAAAUUGUCCAGUUAGCAGACCUCCACCUCACCACAGGGUUUGGAAAGUGUCUCGACCCUUAUCCAAAACUUGACUAUCCGCUCAAAAAUUGUCUUGCUGAUGAAUUCACCCUCGACUUCGUCCACAAAGUACUCGACUUGGAGAACCCAGACCUUGUUGUUCUUACCGGUGACCAGCUCUUUGGACCCGAAACGUUCGACUCGGAGACUGCACUCUUGAAACUUCUAGGCAUACUAAUCCAGCGGAAAAUUCCUUACGCCCUUGUUUUCGGUAAUCAUGAUACCGAAGGUGGAACUCUUCGACCGGGGAUGAUGAUGCACAUGAUAGAAAACCUACCGUACUCAGUCUCCAGUAGUGUACCAGGUAGAGUCGGUCUCGGAAACUACGAGGUCGUAAUUGACGGUGUCGGAAGCAACCCUCCAAUCGUCCUAUACAUGCUCGACUCAAGUCAACCAGGCGAAAAGGGGGGCUACAAGGCGUUCACAGAUGAACAAAAGCAUUUUGUCGAAAGGCUCUCCUCGUAUCAUGAAGAUCACAAGGACCCAAUCAAACUCGCCUUUUUCCACAUUCCCUUGCCCGAGUACACCAACGUCGUUAAUGUCGAUGCAGCGAACCGCCAGGGAAAUUUUCUUGAGGGAGUCGUUCCAUCAAGCCCAAAUACUGGGAUGUUUGACACUUUGAAAAGCUUGAACGUCAGGUUGAUAUCGGUGGGGCAUGAUCAUUGCAAUGAUUUCUGCUUUAACAAUGAUGGGGUCACUCUAUGUUAUGGGGGUGGUACCGGUCUCGGUGGCUACGGUGGCUAUGGUGGCUACAUUCGAAGAAUAAGGGUCUUUGAAAUAGAUACAAAUAGUAAAGAAAUUAUUACGUGGAAGAGAUUAUACAAUGAUCCAGAAACAAAAGUUGACCUUUAUUCUUACACCUGAAAAAAGCUUUACAAUUCUUAAAUAGUAAAAGAUAAAUAAACAUUACUAUAUAAGAACUUGAGAAUGAUGUUGUUCAUUCAAGUCUUAAUUAUUCCACAAACAAACA